AUGCCAUAUUAUUAUGACCUGAGAAUAUUCAAGUGGUUUACCGGUGGGACCAGAAGAAUCAAACUGGACCGCAUACCACAGACAAGACCAAGGUGUAGGCUGGAGUCAUUGAUGUACUUAGACAGAAGCCAUAUUCAAGAUGAGGCACUUCGCAAUGCACCAUGGUACCAGGCAACUUUAUCACGGGAAUGUGCCUUGGAAAUCCUUCAGCAAGAAGAUGUUGGAUCUUUCAUAGUACGAGACAGCUCUACACAUCCAGGCUGUUAUGCCUUGUCAGUCCGAGUUCCAAAAUAUGACAAUGCAACAGGAAUAUCUCAUUAUCUCAUACUGCGUACACAUCGAGGUGUCAAAUUAAAGGGGCUGGACAAGGAAUGGUCGACCCUGACAGCUCUAGUCACCCAUCAUACAGUCAUGAGAGAAAUGUUACCCUGCACUUUGCAUCUGCCAACAGUUCAAGGACAGGGACUGAAAACAUCAUCACAACCAAAUGGAAGCAGUACAAACAGACUCGCCAGGGAGAAAUUAGACAUGGAUGACAACUACAGUCAGCUUUCAGAUGUCAGUGGACUUAUUGGCAAAUUGAAAUUCUGA